GUGAGGCGCGCGCGAUUCCCCGCGCGUCUUGGGAGCAGUGCCCCGGCCCCCCGCCGCUCCCGCCGCCGCCAUGUCGGGCCGGUCGGUCAGGGCCGAGACCCGCAGCCGGGCCAAGGACGACAUCAAGAAGGUGAUGGCGGCCAUCGAGAAAGUGCGGAAAUGGGAGAAAAAGUGGGUGACUGUGGGUGACACAUCCCUUAGGAUAUUUAAGUGGGUUCCUGUGACAGACAGCAAGGAGAAAGAAAAGGCAAAGUCGAACAGUUCAGCCGCCCGCGAACCUAAUGGCUUUCCCUCUGACGCCUCCGCCAACUCCUCUCUCCUGCUCGAAUUCCAGGAUGAAAACAGCAACCAGAGUUCGGCGUCUGACGUCUACCAGCUGAAGGUGGACAGCAGCACCAACUCGAGCCCCAGCCCCCAGCAGAGCGAGUCUCUGAGCCCAGCUCACACCUCGGACUUUCGCACGGACGACUCCCAGCCCCCCACGCUGGGCCAGGAGAUCCUCGAGGAGCCCUCCCUGCCGGCCUCCGAAGUUGCCGACGAGCCUCCCACCCUCACCAAGGAAGAACCAGUGCCCCUGGAGACGCAGGUGGCGGAGGAAGAGGAAGACGCAAGUGCCCCGCCCCUGAAGCGCUUCUGCGUGGACCAGCCUGCAGUGCCGCAGACAGCGUCGGCCUCGGAGAGCUAGCGGCGUCUGCACCCUCCGCCUCCCGCCCCGCCUCUAUUUAUUGUUCUCUGGCUCUGGCCGGGCUGUGUUGCUGGGGUGAGGGCAAGCGCUGGGGUCCAGAGCCUGCACAUAGGAACCGUCCAGCCUGGAAGCUGACAAAGGACUUGGGGUUGCAGCACCAUCUUCUGUCCCUGGCACCUGUCUGCUUGCUCCCCCAGAGGAGCGCUCCUGUCCUCCCACACCCAAGUAGACUGGAGCCACCCCCAGGUGGCAGUCUCUGCCCCAGGACCUCUGGACAGAGCUGCUGGCAUGUCUGAGAGAGAGAGAGAGAGAGAGAGAGAGAGAGAGAGAGAGAGAGAGAGAGAGAGAAAGAGACUGUGUGGAUGGCGCCCUCUAGAGGAGAGAGUGCCUAAGGAUACUUGAACUUGAAAGGAGACUGUAGACGCUGGGAUCCUCCAGGGUGUGUGGCCUCCAGGCUGCUGCUGGAGGAGACUGGGCCGAGGGAGGGAGGGAGGGAGGGCGAAGGUCCGUCUCCACCUCUCGCUGGUGCCUCUCUGCCCCAGCCCGAGGUGGUCCUGCCUCUGGUGGGCUCUGGCUGCUGGUGGUCUUUGUGCCCUCCCCCCCGCGCACUCCCACGCCGGCGGCUUUGUUCCCACCGUACGUGUCAUUCCAGCACCCCCUGCCUCCUGCUAUACACUCUGCCUCAGCAAGAAGUCGAGGUUCUGACAUCAGCACCCACCCCCCACAGUACUGCUUCAGCUCAGACUUCUAGAAAGUUCCCUCUUCUUUCAAACCUGCAUGUUUAAUUGAACUUUGUGAUUUUAUUUUUUGUUUCAAAAAAAGUUUAAGAAAAUGGAAAUGAGCGACAGUGAGUGAAGACAUAUUUUAGCACUGAAUAGAAUAUUUUUAAAAUUAAACUAUUUGAAAUACGUC